GAGUCGGAAUCAUUGCAGGCAACAAACAGAGAUAUGGAGCUGCAGAUAGAGAACAAAGCAAGUGAAGCAAAACAGCUGGGAGAGCAAAACAUGGGACUGCAAUUCCAAAUUUCCAAACUUGAGGUGAUGUCAAAAAACAGAGAAGAAGAACUCUUAUCUCUCACAAAGAAAUUGGAGGAUAAUGAGAAAGAAUCAUUGUCUAGAGCGGAGAAUUUGACAGUGCAGAUCAACAAUCUGUUAGUGGACAUGGAGUCACUACGUACCCAGAAAGCUCAGUUGGAAGAACAUAUUGUAUUUAAAGGUGAUGAAGCAUCGACUGAAAUCAAGAGCUUAAUGGGUCAGAUAAAUACAUUGCAGCAGGAGCUGGAGUCCUUGCACGGGCAGAAAGCAGAACUGGAAGUGCAGCUUGAGAGAAAAACUCAAGCUAUUUCAGAUUAUGAGAUUGACAUAGAAAAGGCAAAAGAAGAGAUAGUAAGCAAGACCAAGGAUCAGCAGAGAGAUCUGCAGGAGAAAGAAGGCUUGCUGGCACAAGUGAAGGGUCUGGAAUUUGAGGUCAGUUCUCUAAAGAAUCUGAAAGGUGAACUGGAAGAGGACUUGAGAACUAAAAUGGAAGAGAAUGGUCAGCGGAGGGAGGAAAAUGUGGGUUUACAGGUUCAGAUAAAAGAAGUAGAGGCACAAGUGACAAGCUUGGAACUCGAGUUGGAAUCUUUGCAGGCAACAAACAGAGAUAUGGAGCUGCAGAUAGAGAACAAAGCAAGUGAAUCAAAACAGCUUGGAGAGCAAAACAUGGGACUGCAAUCCCAAAUUUCUGAACUUGAGGUGAUGUCAAAAAAGAGAGAAGAAGAACUCUUAUCUCUCACAAAGAAAUUUGAGGAUAAUGAGAAAGAAUCAUUGUCUAGAGUGGAGAAUUUGACAGUGCAGAUCAACAAUCUGUUAGUGAACAUGGAGUCACUACGCACCCAGAAAGCUCAGUUGGAAGAACUUAUUGUAUUGAAAGGUGAUGAAGCAUCGACCGAAAUCAAGAGCUUAAUGGGUCAGAUAAAUACAUUGCAGCAGGAGCUGGAGUCCCUGCAUGGGCAGAAAGCAGAACUGGUAGUGCAGCUUGAGAGAAAAACUCAAUCUAUUUCAGAUCAUGUGAUUGAGAUAGAAAAGGCCAAAGAAGAGAUAGUAAGGAAGAUCAAGGAUCAACAGAAAGAUCUGCAGGAGAAAGAAGGUUUGCUGGCACAAGUGAAGGAUCUAGAAUUUGAGAUCAAUUCUCUAAAGAAUCUGAAAGGUGAACUGGAAGAGGACUUAAGAACUAAAAUUGAAGAGAAUAGUCAGUUGAGGGAGGAAAAGGUAGGUUUGCAGGGUCAAAUCUUUGAAUUAGAGAAAACAUUGGCAGAAAGAGGGCUUGAGUUCACUGCUCUCCAGGAAAAACAUACAAGCGCAGAGAAUGAAACAUCUUCUCAGUUAACAGCCCUAGUGGUACAGGUCAACAAUUUGCAGCAAGAGUUGGAUUCCUUACAGAUCCAGAGAAAUGAACUGGAGUUGCAGCUUGAGAGAGAGAAACAAGAAGCAUCGGAAAGAUUGACUGACAUGGAGAACCAGAAAUCCGAGCUAGUAAGCCAAAUUAGCAAUCAGCAGAGAAUGCUAGAAGAACAGGGGGAGGCAUAUAAGAAGUUGGCUGAGGAAUACAAAGACGCUGAAUGCUUGUACCAAGAGUGCAAGGCAAACCUUGAAGUUGCAGAAAGGAAGAAGGAAGAAAUGUCGGAAGAAUUCCACAGAAACUUUGAAUCAAAAAGUCAGAUGGCAGCUGAUCUGGAGCAAAUGGUUGAGGACCUUCAAAGGGAUUUGGAAGCAAAGGGAGAUGAGAAAAAUGACUUCAUAAACCAGAUUACAGAUCAUCAGAGAAUGCUAAAAGAACAAGAAGAUGCAUUUAACAAGCUAAGCAAGGAAUACAAACAACUUGAAACUUCAUUUCAGGACUGCAAGGCAAUUAUUGAAGUCACAGAAAGGAAGAUGCAAGAAAUGGCAGGAGAGCACAAUAAGAAUGUUCAGUCUAAGAAUCAAAUAGCUGCUGAUUUGGAGCAAAUUAUUGAAGACUUGAAAAGAGAUUUAGAAAUGAAAGGAGAUGAGCUCAGUAUUUUGGUUGAGAAUGUCCGCACAAUUGAAGUUAAGCUCCGCUUGUCAAACCAAAAACUUCGAAUCACGGAACAGUUACUAACUGAGAACGAAGAGAGCUUCAAAAAAGCAGAAGCAAAGUUCCUGGAAGAACAAAGUGUGCUCGAACAAAGGAUCACAACAUUGUCUGGAAUAAUUGCUGCGAAUGAUGAAGCCUAUUGCAGGAUGAUCACUGAUAUCUCAGAGAAUGUUAAUAGUAACUUGACUGGAUUUGAAGCUGUCAUCCAGAAACUUGAAGAGGGCUAUAGAAACUAUGAGCUCUGCAUUAAAGAAACAUUGAAAGAGCUAAGAAUUGCAAAACAUUGGGCUGAAGAGACAAAAAGUGAAAAGAAGCGGCUAACAAAUGAAGUUACCAAUUUGAUUGAGCAACUGAAAGAUCAGAAAGAACAAGAAUCUAUGAUGCGAGAAAGAGUGGAGAAGCUACAGAUUAAGGCAAACAAGGAAGAAGGUGAGAAGGAGAAUCUGCUGAAAGCCGUGAAUCAUCUGGAGAAGAAGGUGGAAUCCUUGCAGACGGUAAUGAAAGAGAAGGAUCAAGGUAUACUGGGUCUAGGAGAGGAGAAGAGAGAGGCCAUUAGGCAGCUGUGCUUGUGGAUUGAUUAUCACCGCAGCCGCUGCGAUGAUCUUAAGGAAAUACUCUUGAAAACUGUCAGAUUCCAGAGGGCAACCUAGAGGAAUUCCAAGACAUUUUUCAUUCCAUUUUUUUAUCUCAACCAAUUGGACUGUCGAUAAAUAAACCUUGUAAAAAACCGUUCGAUUAGGAUUUUCUCUGGUUUUCACAUACUUAUUGGCACAGUAUAUAGGAAUAUGAAAGCUAAAAACCUAAAGACUGAAGAAGAUGGCUUUGAGGAAGAAAUAUCAACAAAGCUGAAAGCAAAGUAAUUCCUCAUACUAUACUCCUUCCCUUCUGCUCACCAAAAUGAACACACAAGAUUGACCAAAGAUUUUGGAGUUCCUUCAAUCAGAUACCCUUCGUAUGUGACAAAUGCGAUUGCUAUUGCUGGAACCACCUGAAGAAAAUGGCAAAGAGCAUUUAUUAUUUAAAUUUAAAGAAAAAAGGUAAGAAGUAUUAGUAGAAUGCAAGGAGCUAAUGCUCCUGUAAAAGUGCGAUUAAUGAAUAAAGAAAAAGCAAUUGGUGCAUCAGAGAAGUUGAUUGCAUGUGGAGAUAAAGACGUUACACUAACCUUCGCUGAAUUGGGAACCAAACCCUUGUAUAAUGCUCCAAAACCCUCAUACCGAACUGUUUACCUGAAUGCAUCAACCAUACCGGCAUAUUCAAGGGGGGCCUUGUUCUUCCCUUCACCAGUGACAACUUAAGCAGCAUAUUUCCAGCCCGCAACUGUCUGGCCAACAGUUCCAGCAGCAGCCCCACAAGCAAGCCUUGUCGUGGCACCUCCUCAACUAGCCCAAAUGGUUGCUUUUGAGCAACCAGUCUUUCAAAGAUUCAUAAACCACAAAGUUAAGACCCACGUGGGGUACCUAUAAACAUCAUAAAAAUAAUUUAGGGCUUUGCAUUCAAACAGAAGGAGAAAGAUUCUUUCAUUACUAAAAGUCAAAACAAAUAGAAAGCAAAAAGGAUCAGACAUUGGACUUCAAUUGUUUGGCAAUGAACAGAUAUAUGCCAUAUAAAAACCAACAAACAAACACUAGCUCAAGCAAACCAGAAAUGCAACUCAUCUUCCUAGCAUAAGUCUACAUCCAUCUGAAUGCAGAUUCCUAUAGUGCAAUUGACAGUAAACCAUGCAGGCAUUCAGGCCACAAAAGUUUUACUUACAGCACCUAUUAUAGAUGGUAACCAACCUUUGUACAAAGCAUGGAGACCUUCUUCCCAUAAUACUGUUGAAAGAGCAUGGAAGAUUCCUUUAUACUGGUGAGGCGACUUCUCAGUCUGCAAAUAUAGCAUGUGGACAUUAGUCAUCAAAGUGAUCACAAGAGGCAAGCCUGUCCCUAAAGGCAAAACAGAGUUGAUCCAAUAUAAGUCAAAUAAAUUAAGGUCCCAGAAAGAAACUCAAAACAUUACCUGGACAGUUAGAUGACCUCAUACGAUAUCCAUUGGAUAAGUGGCAGACAUGACGAUAAUUCCAGCACAUGAACCAGCUCCAAGGCGUAGAAGUGGAGUGAGUUGAGCAUCCUCUGCAAGACAAAAUUAGAUGAAGAAAGUAAUAAGUAAAUAUGCUAACCACAAUAUCGAUAAUUAGUACAGAAUGCAAACUCAUCUUCUACUAAUCAGGGCCAUAUAACAGAUUCCAUUUUUCCCCUCUCAGCACUAUUCUAUACAGAAUGAAACAUGAAUUAGUUGAAGGAAUAGAAUGCCACUACAGGAACCAACAAAAGAUUCAUUCACAUAUUUCACAGGCUACAUGCAGACAGAAAGCAAUGCACAUGCACAGCCUUUGUCAACACAAUCCAGUGCACUUUUUUCUUUGGACACAAAAUUGGAUAUUCAAAACACUAAGUUCACAAGCAGUACACAUUUGCCUCAAUAAUUGUAUAGUCAAUGAAAUUAAAUCAUACCAAUCAGCUUCAAAUCUCAAGAACGUUUACAAGUGUAGUUGAGAGAUAAAUAAAAAACA